UCUCCAGGCAGCUUCAUCCUCGCAAGUUAGGUAAAAAAAAGUGUCACUCAAGUGGAUUUACCUAACAGACACAAGCCUUAACCAUCGUUAAAUCCAUAUAUUCAACCACUGAAACCGCUUUAAACAGCUUGGUUGGUAGAACAGGCUGUGGUUUUAUACACAGCCUGGGAGGAAACGUUGCCUGCAAGACUAAACUCUGGGCGAAAAUACUCAAGGUCAAACACGACAUCAGGAAGCUAACAUGCUGUCUAUUACAGCAUAAACAGAAAACUCUGCCUUAAGCUAUAUCUAUGAAGUGUGAAAGAAGUUCAGGCAGAGCAUCAACAACAGGCUACUUCUCGCUACAGCAGGUGGCAGUGUGCGCUCCCCGGGCUGCCUUGUGACCCCUCAGCAAGCGCGAAGAAGAAAAUGUCACCGGUGAACGGCGUGAAUCAGUGUAAGUUAGCUCCUACUGUCUGAGAUCUGAACGCAGUCCCGAUGACGGCAGCCGCGGAGCUUCUGGAGGAAACAUGACACCCCUGAGGAGGAUUCAGUCAUGGCUGCCGCUCCUGCAGCGACCCUGUCCGAGAGCAGCUCCGACGACCCGCACACUCCUCCGCACUCCCCACCGUGCAGCUGCAGCCAGGGCCGCCUCCCCCCUGCAGAGCAGGCCGUUUGCACUCUCUGCGCGGAGGCUGAGGAACACGGAUGACUUCGGCGGCGGAUUUACCGAAGAUGAGGAGGAGGAGGAGGAGGAUGAAGAUUUCAUUGACGACAGCGAGGUGGAGGAGCUGUUUCAGCUUCCUGCAGGCAUCGCAGAGGGUCAGCACAGGGUGUUCAUCGUUCACCCUGACGUGAAGUGGGGAAGCAGGAAGCAGCACCUGACCACCGCUGAGCUGAUGAUGGCCGAGGCCGUGGGGCUCGUCAACACGCUGGACAACUGGAGAGUGGUGGACAAGAUCAUCCUCUCCACCAAGACACCAGAGAAGAAGAGGAUAUUUGGCAAAGGCAACUUCCAGUCUCUUACAGAGAAAAUCAGGAAAACGGCAGGAAUCACUGCUGUGUUUGUGAACGUCGAGCGUCUGUCUCCUUUGUCCGAGAGGGAGCUGGAGGAAGCCUGGGGGGUUAAAGUCUUUGACAGAUACUCAGUGGUCCUCCACAUCUUUCGUUGCAACGCCAGAACUAAAGAGGCUAAGUUACAGAUCUCUCUGGCAGAGAUCCCCUUGUUGAGAUCUCGUCUGAAAAAUGAAAUCGCCCACCUGGACCAGCAGGGUGGAGGAUCGAGGUACAUCGGAGGUUCAGGUGAGACCCUGCUGGAGGUCCAGCAGAGACUGCUGAAGGAGCGGGAGAUGAAGAUUCGCUCAGCGCUGGAAAAACUGCGGAAAAAGAGGCACCUGCUGCGAUCUCAGCGCAAACACAGGGAGUUCCCCAUCGUCUCUGUGCUGGGUUAUACCAACUGUGGAAAAACGACUCUGAUCAAAGCACUGACCGGUGACGGCGGUCUUCAACCCAGGAACCAACUUUUCGCCACCCUGGAUGUCACCGUCCACGCCGGCCAGUUACCAAGUCACAUGACAGUUCUGUACGUGGACACCAUCGGCUUCCUGUCCCAGCUGCCUCACCAGCUCAUUGACUCCUUCUCUGCCACCCUGGAAGAUAUUAAACACUCAGAUCUGCUGGUUCACGUCAGAGACAUCAGUCAUCCAGAGACGGUGAAUCAGAAGGUGAACGUUCUGAAUGUCCUCAAGAACCUGCAAAUCCCCGACAGGCUGAUGAGCUCCAUGAUAGAAGUCCACAACAAAAUCGACCUCGUUGACCACUAUCAGUUCACAGAGCCCCACGUGCUGCCCAUAUCUGCCCUGGAAGAGCGAGGCCUGGAUGAGCUGAAGAACGCAGUGGAAGAACAGAUCGUGAACUCGACGGGAAAACACAUUUUAGACCUCGAAGUUGACCUCAGCACUCCGCAGUUAAGUUGGCUGUACAAGGAGGCCACAGUCCAGGACGUGCGGGUGAAUGCGGACGAAGGCUCGGCCGUCGUCAAGGUCAUCAUCAGCGCCGCCGCUUAUGGACGCUACAAGAAACUGUUUGCAGGCAGAUAGCAGAGUAGGAAGAAGAGCGAUCCUGCUGCAGCUCUGAAGAAAUGACUGCUCCAUGCAAACUGUACCACUAACAGUGUAUGUAUUGUACAGAAUAUUAAAAUAUUUGAAAAUCUCAUUUAGUAAAAGAAUGAUGUUUCUGCUUGUAAACAUACAGUGCAUAUAAAAUGCAAAUUACAGCUUUAGACUAUACAGAUUUUUUUGCUGGAAAAUACAGAUUUUUUUCAAAACAUUUCUUUCAGUUAUAAUAAAUGAAGGCAAAGGUGCAAAUAUAUUCAAAAAAGAGAGGAGAUGAGGUAUGUUGUAGCUGCUUUGGGAUCAG